AAUCUCUCGCGAUCGCUGUUGAUCGUUUAUGCCGACGAAACACAUACUGGUUGGAGGUGGUUGAGUAUAGACGUUUGAUAGUCACACGGUACGAUAGAUGUGGGGCUCUCAGUAAAGGUUCAACGUUUAUGCACAGAUAAUGUUUCACUUCAUUGGUAGAGUAACUUUGUUUUACGGUUUGUUGUGUGUGCUGUCUCUGGCGGUGGCCCAAGAGAGUCGGUUAACGUGCGGUAGACGCAAAGUGAAGUCGGUUUACCUCAUCCACAAUGGCAUUGACGCCAAGGCCGGUCACUGGCCGUGGCAUGCGGCGAUCUUUCAUCGAAAGGGCGAGCAGAAUGAGUACGCUUGCGGUGGUGCGGUAAUUGAUGAGAACACUGUUCUCACUGCGGCACACUGCAUCUACACAACGAGAGGUAUAAUCCCAAAAACCCUGGUAACAGUGCAUCUUGGACAGUUGGAUCUUAAAGAAAAAGAUGAAUACACACAGACUCACAGUUUGCAGGAAAUUAUACUGCAUCCUAAAUACAACUCCUCAAGUAUUAUCAACGACAUUGCUCUACUCAAGCUUAGCUCCAACAUCACCAUGACGAAAUACGUGCAACCCGUCUGUCUGUGGACAAUGGACAGCAAGCUGGAUAUGAUCGUGGGUAGAAACGGAACGAUUGUUGGAUUUGGACUGAACGAACAGGAUGUUGUUUCGGAGCAGCUCAAACAAGCAUUGAUUGGUGUGGUCGAUCCGUUGACAUGCAUUGCAAGUGAUCGUAGCGUGUUCGGUACGCAUCUGACGUCGGACAUGUUCUGUGGAAAAGGACAGACGGGUGUGAGUGCGUGCAAUGGAGAUAGCGGUGGCGGCAUGUUCUUCGAGGUGGGUGGCAAAUGGUUUGUGAGAGGCUUAGUGUCGUUUACUCCACUGCGUGGAAAUACCGGACUGUGCGAUCCUCUCAAGCACACCGCCUAUACCGAUGUGGCCAAGUACCUAGAAUGGAUUUCCCAGUACAUUGAUCAGCGAGUGUUAUCCUUCGAGAACGACGUGCUGGACAUAGAUUAUGAGGAAAAGCUACGACUGUUCAACUUUGGUACUUGCGGUGUGAAAUCUUCAACUAUGCUAAAUGAUGGAUCGAGCUGGACGCUUCCCUGGCUUGGAUUUGUUAUCGUGUCUGGAGCUGCUGACAAUCUCCGCAGUGCAAGAUGUGUGGUGACAUUAAUAAGCGAUUGGUACGCUGUUGGUCCUGCACAUUGUUUUGCUAACGACGGUAUCGAACGAUCUAUUCUACUCGGAGGACCAUCGGAAUCGACGAAAUCAGAAUGUUUUGAUCGUCAUGGAAGGACUGUAUGUACUCAUCCGACCCAAACGCUGCAGAUUGAAAGAAUUAUCACCCAUCCGAAGUACGAUAGCAAUAACUUUGGGAAUAAUAUAGUGCUGAUUGAGUUGCUGGAAGCUGCCAAUACAACACAGCCGAACGUGAAGCCCAUCUGUGUAUCAGCUAUUCCAGAGCUACGAACAAAUGAGAUGACCAACUUAUCCGUGGCAACCUACGCAAGGCGAACGACCACAUAUGGAGAUCAAGCCGUACACCAAACCAGCACAGAAGAAUGUAUGGAUCGGUACGCUGACUUAGGGUUGAUCAUCAGUUGGAAAAACAUGAGAUUCUGUGCACGAACGGCAACCAAUGAUAACCCGGACUGUGUUUCCCUGAAGAGUGGUGCUCCAUUACAUCAGUUGCGUUCGCUUGGGGAAUCGGAACGAUACUUCUUACGUGGGUUUGAAAUAUUAGGCCUCGCUUGUACAUCAGGAGCGCCGCCAGUAUACAACAACAUGGAUGAAUACCUCACUGGAUACUAUACAACAUGCGAUACAACAUUCAAGACACAAAUGAAGUUGUUCGUAUUUCAAAACCUAACAUAGCUAAACAAACUCUCGAAAUGGAAUGGAGCAUGUUGCAGCAGCAACCGGGAAAAGAACAGUUGAAUCUUUUCAAUAUGGAUACCUGUGGCUUACCCAGCACGCGCAACCAGAACUUGGGACAGGUAACUGUCCUACCGUGGGUCGGGUUCUU